CACCAAACGCUGCUUUUCUGAAAAAAAAAAAAAAAAAAAAAAAGCUUUCAAUAAUACCGUGUUCCUCAAUCCCUCCUCCUCCUCUUUGUUUCACUAUGCGACUAUUUUUUCUUUGACAGGACCUCCUAGUUAUAAAACCAACACUUUUUAUCCACGAUAGUUGGUUGUCAACACGCAUUUCGUUUUACGUCUCCACCGCAUUAUUAUUCAACUCAGCUCAGCUCAGCUCAGCUCAGCUAAAAAAAAAAACAUGCAUUUCAGCAACUGCUGUUUCUGCCUGCCGUUACGGGGUGGUGGCAUGUGGCUGUCAGGACUCUGUCUCCUGCUCAGUGUCAUCGGGGCCGCCUUCCUCUUCCUUUGGGGCUCGUUUUUCUUUUUCUCGUCCAUCCUGGUGAUCUUCCUGGGAGGCUUCUCGGUUCUUCAAGGUGGCGCCGCGCUGAUCGCGUUCUUUGCCUUCUGGGAUUAUUCAUACAUGCUGGCAAGGAUGUUUGUCUACACACAAUGGCUGUUCACGUUCGUCUCUGCAGCAAGGAUCGGACUCGUGGCCUUCACCUUGGAACGGAACCGAGGUCGUAUCGCGGACGAAUGUCUUAAUGGGCUCGACAGUAACGAGCGCCCGGCACAGGGGACCCCGAACUCGUUUUUUUGUAACACGCCGAUCGAUUCGUUCGUCCUGGCGUUCAUUGUAGGCCUGGCGGUAGAUUGGGUGCUGAACGGAUACAUGUAUUUCGUGGUCUGGCGGUUUUAUGUCAGGAUGCGGUUGUACCCAGACACGAUCAAAGGGGAGGAAUUCACGUAUGAGGAAGCAUUGGAUGAGCUUUGAGAUGGGACGCGAACACGAAAAAAGAAAAAAAAAGUGGGCGCGUGUUCUGUAGAAAUCACAUCACAUUUGUAAUAUCCAAAAAUAUAUAUAUAUAUAUAUAUAUA